AUGGAGAUGAUGGAUAUUGACGACGAAGAAGAAGUGGAAUCCGACUCAAAGGGUAUGGAGGUCAAUGCAUCUGCAGCGCAUAUUUCGUCAAGUGUCAGCCGACACAACAAAAUGCUCGCCACAGAGAUUACGUUUCGAAUCCGCCUCGUGUUGAAUCGGAUCGCAGCAAUCGUUAAGCACCGACACUGCUCCCAAGACGGCUGUUAG